UGUGCGCAUGCGCAUUCGCGGCGGACGUAACAGUCGUAAACAAGAUUUUUUCUGGUCACCGUUGUUGAUUCGGUUUGCACGGCUACGGGGGUUGGACGAGCGUCUCGUGGGGGAGAUCUGCCAUUCUCUCCCGCGUUUUCACGCUGACCCGCGGAGAACAUGAGCUCGACGGCGCCGUCCUGCGCCUCGUGAUACGCAAUCCCGCAAGGUGAGUUGCUAUGUGCUGACGUCACCGGGUCAUUCUGGAAGAAUCCUGCGAGACAAUGGCGGAUUUGUACGCCAAGUACAACUGCACCUAUUGUCAAGAGGACAUUGCAGGCCUUCGUGUGAAGUGCAUCGAGUGCCCUGAAUUCGAUCUCUGCUUACAGUGUUUUUCUUCUGGUGCUGAAAUUGGUCAACAUAAAAAUAAUCAUGCCUAUCAAUUUAUGGAUUCUGGUACCAUCAGUAUAUUUAAUGGCCGUGGGAAUUGGACAGCUAAGGAACAGCUUAGGCUGUUGGAUGCUAUUGAACAAUUCGGAUUUGGAAAUUGGGAAGACAUUAGCAAACAUAUCGAGACACGUACACCAGAAGAGGCAAAAGAAGAAUACAUUGCUAGAUAUCUCAACGGUAACAUUGGGAAACACACAUGGCCGCCUACGGAGAGCUAUGUACCAAAUCUUACAGAUCAGACAAAGUCCGACCAUGGGCCACUGUCACCUGAUCUUACAUCAAGAUUACCACCGUUAGAUAUCACUCCAGACGAAGCUGCCCAGUUGGGUUACAUGCCGCAACGAGAUGAUUUUGAAAGAGAUUACAACCACGAAGCCGAAUCUCUUGUUUCUUCGUUAUUUCUGAAUCCUGCUGAGGACGAUGAUCUCGAUAUCGCACUUAAAUUAGCACAAGUUGAUAUGUACACCAAUAAUUUGAGAGAGAGGGCUAGACGAAAACGCGUCGUGAGGGAUUAUCAGCUUGUGUCAACAUUCUUCGCAUCCUCCAGAAAAGAUAAAGGAGUAAAAAAGAAACGAACAAAAGAAGAAAAAGAAUUUAGGGACAGAAUGCGUGUAUUCGCACAGUUUUACACAGCACAAGAGCACGAACAGUUCCUAACGAAUCUCGAGAGAGAAAGAGAAUUGCGUUUACGACUCUCUGAGCUGUACCGAUACCGCGAAAACGGCAUUACAAGGCACGAGGAGUGCGCUCACUAUGAGCAGGUAGUUGCUCAAACUCAGAGACAGAACGACACGGUGGACCAUUGGGCAGAGAAAAAAUCUGGCAGCAGUGGGCCGUCCACACCAAUACAUCGCCACACCUCAAAAAGAAGAGAAGAAGAAAAAAGUUACUCUUCCAUCGACCGAAAGUACACUGUAAAGCAAGAAUUGCCCAGCAACUCCGCGGUCAAUCCAACCAGUCACAAUCGGACGACGACUCCGGUCACUCAAUUGGCGGACACGGAUAGCAAUCCAAACACUUCCAACCAACACUCUACCAGCAGCUCCAGUUCCACACAAGAAAAAGGUUACAACAACGGCGCCACUGCCUCUUCCGGCAAGUCCUAUCCGACUUCAACAGACUCCUCGCAAGAACGGGACAUAGAAUCGGAGGCUGCGUCUCAUCUCUUGACGAAACAAGAGAAAUCACUAUGCAUACAACUCGAUCUAAAGCCGACUCAAUAUUUGACGCAAAAGACAUUGCUAUUGCAGGAAUAUUUGAAUGGUAACAGAAGGUCGAGCAUCGUGCCGCAGUCAGAGCCGGAAAGCAGGAUUCUCCAUUAUCUUGUAACCAACGGUUGGAUCGCCGCCAAUUGAUUGAUAAACGCGUGGCACUUCAUUUUUACCAUUUUUUCCACUCUAAGUCAUCUCUUCUAAUCCUAUAAGACAAAUUCUAGAUGUAACUAGAGUUGAAGUCUGAUGUAAUUAACAUAUAGGGCAGAUAGGCAGAGGAAGAAGCGGGCAAGAAUGCAAACGUGCUUAGCAUAUCAUUAUGCUUUAAUCAAUAUUCCUUUUUACGCGAUAUCCUAGGUGGCUUGCAUCACGUGAUUUGUCAUGCUAGUGGACAAUGCUUGAUCUUUCCUCCGAGAUCCGUUCACGCUCGGGCGCCAAUUGCGAUUUGUGCCUGAUUUCACGUUCAUGAUGAAUCCCCGACGAUUCGUUCGAAAUCGAUUCUAGCGACAGCGACACCAAUCAGCCAACCAGAGUUUUUUAAACUGACCGGUGUUUUAUAUUUUCUUUUAUGUGACCGCCUUUUUUCUCCUUAUACACAAGACACUAUACAGCACAGAUUGUGAUAGAGACAGCUCAGUCUGAUUGCUGCUAGAGAUAUCAAUUGAUGUCGUUAGAAUUGAUCCUCAGGAUAUUGUAUUUUAUUUUAUCGUUUCCGAACGACUCAACGCCGCUUAAGAGAAUCUCUUAACACUGCCUACGUAGAGAGCCAUUGAAUAUAUUGCUCAAUUAAUUCUUCCACUACAUUAUCUCCGUAUACAGAUUAUGUCUGUCGCGAGGACUCCCUUUCUGCCUGUUUGAAGUGUUGUCUGUUACCAUGCCUGACAAUAAGGAAAUAUUGAAAUUUCUCAACAUGCCCCAUCUGUCAGAAUUACGGUACAGGAACCAAAAUAACGUACCAAAACGCGUCCGGGCUUCUUGGAUUCUUCUAGUUGCGAUCGACGCUGAAAAUAACUGAUAACAAAAAUACUGAUUACUUUAUCACUAUAGGUAGAUGUGCAUCGCUAUUUAAUUUAUUGACAUGUACACUCUGAGGAUUAGCACAGGUUGCGUGCGUUAAUGACAGGCUAAAGUAGAGAAGAAACUUACCGGAACAACCGAUAAAUCGACUGACAAUCCGUGUAAUUAAAAUAUGUUUAUUGCGCGUAUCGUGUAAAUGAUCAACAUGUAACUACAACGGCGUAGCUAUAUGAUUGCAUACGUAAAGACAUUACGUAUACGUUAUCCUAUAGUUUGAGAACUCGCGAAUUAUAGACGGUUCUUAUUGACGAGGAAUGGGAUAAAUACCGUUAUACGCAUUCAGCAUCGAUGAUACGAGAGGUGUAUGAUAUCAGGUGAUUUAUCCGUUGCCUAUGUAGAUUUUGUAUAUACGAGAGACAAGUACGAAGCGAUAACGCCUAAAGCCUGAUCUACAAUAUGCUCCUGCUUCCUGUUUUCUAUACUCUUUAUCUUUUUUCUAUUUGGAGACAUAAAAAGAGAUAAAAGGAAAGAAACAAAAAAAAAACAAAGGCAUAUUAUAGAUGACGCUUUAGCGAACGACCUUGUGCUUGCUUGCGAAGCACAAGGAAUCACGACUUGCACGACGUGUCUAGUGUUGUCACUUUUCUCCGCAGAGAUAAGGGCACGCGCGAAGGUGAAUUGCUCCAAAAUAAAAUGAAAAGAAAGAAGAAAAAGGAAAAUGCACCUUUAGUCAAGCGGAGGGAGCGGGGGGAGUGUUAAGUUUUACGAAAGUUUUCUCGUUGAUGAGCCACAGUCUCUUUUUUUUUUUCUUUUGUUUUUUCUUUUUUCCUCUUUCUUUUUAUCUCUCCGUAGUGCACGAGGAGUGAUCGGUGGCGAUUGCGUAAUUUCUCACGAGAAGUUCGUUUUCAGGUUACAUUUACUUAUAUAAUAACGCUGUAGAAAAUAAGAGACGCGCGCGUGGCGACGUAAUUUUUAAGUAAUAUGUUGAUAAUAUUUAUGUUGGUCCUUCCUUCGGUAUCUUCACGCUUAGUGAAUCCGUAUGAUGUAACUUGUUAGGUGGAAGUGCGUCAAAGUUUAUCCUUAUAGAUGAUCCCCCACGACGAUGUAAAUACGCGAAAGCAGCCUAUCUGUACAUAAUGUGGAUCGCGUGCGAGCAGGUGACAAAUUCGACACAUACCGGGAUCUUUCGUUGAGGAUACAACAUUGUGUAUAGUCGGGCGACGCCAACACGCAAAACGGCUCGCUCAUAUUUUGUAUAGAUAAUAAAAAGAUACCUCUCCGUUUAUUCGACUCCAUUUGACGACGUAGUUCACAUUGCAUUGUCAACGGCUUCCUCCCGCGCGCGUUCGAAGUAAGCGAAGAUCGUGCGUUGGAAAGCUUGCGUUUGCGACGUGUGCAUAAAGUGUAUCGAUAUCGUACCUUAGCUGUAAGUUACGACAUCGCAAGAUACGCCCUCUAAGCGCGUUCUCAGGAGAAGAUUUUGGUCGAACGACACGGCGCGCAGCCGGUAGAGAGAAGGUCGCGCGGCGCUGUUUAUCCGGAUGAACUUUCGAAGGCAUCCGCGAUAUGCAGCAGCAAAAUGUAUAUCGUUUAAAAGAGAUUCCGAUUCUUCGUCAAAAGGCUGCAACGGCUGCGAGUCGCACCGAUGAAUUAUCUCUGCACGCGACAUCCGACACCGUGCGGUGCACGCGUUACGCACAUUAUUUUCUCAAUAGAACAAACAAGCUUUACGAUCUACGCGGAUUACGAUGUACUCGUGCGACGGAAGGGCGCAGGAGAGUCGUCGAAUGUGCGAAAUAAACUGUGCGAUAUUUUCAAUUAAA